AUGUUUGAGGACCUGCAGGUCGACCCCGGAAAUACGGGUCGAGUGGGUCCCACUGAGGCAGCGCUGUUCCUCAAGAAAUCGGGCCUUCCUGACAUCACCCUGGGAAAGAUUUGGGAUUUGGCCGACCCUGAUGGAAAGGGCUUUUUGGACAGACAGGGUUUCUAUAUGGCCUUACGCCUGGUGGCCUGUGCACAGAGCGGUCAGGAAGUCACCCUAGCCAGCCUGAGCCUGAGCAUCCCUCCUCCCAAGUUUAAGGACACUAGCAGCCCCUCACUGAGCACGACGGCGCCUUCGACCGACUCCCGCUGGGCUGUCAGACCAGAGGAAAAGAGCAAGUUUGAUGGGAUUUUUGAGAGCCUGGUGCCCGUGAACGGCCUCCUGUCGGGUGAGAAGGUGAAACCGGUGCUCAUUAACUCCAAGCUACCUCUCGACGUCCUGGGGAGGGUCUGGGAUCUCAGCGACAUAGACAAAGAUGGACACUUGGACAGAGAUGAGUUUGCAGUGGCCAUGCACCUUGUGUACCGAGCCCUGGAGAAGGAGCCGGUGCCCCCCGUGCUUCCUUCCUCCCUCAUCCCCCCCUCCAAGAGGAAGAAGCCAGCGGUGGGGCUCCCGGGCUCCGUCCCCGUGCUGCCGGCCAGCCCCCCGCCCCCCAGGGACAGCCUGCGUUCCACGCCGUCGCAUGGCAGCAUGAACUCUCUGAACAGCGCUGGGAGCCUCUCGCCGAAACACACGCUCAAGUCAUCGCAGCAUUCGGUGAACUGGGUGGUGCCUGCGGCAGACCGUGGACGCUACGACGAGAUCUUCCUGAAGACGGAUGCUGACAUGGACGGCUACGUCAGCGGCCAGGAGGUCAAGGACAUCUUCAUGCAUUCGGGUCUCUCUCAGAACAUGCUGGCACAUAUCUGGGCCCUGGCCGACACCAGGCAGGUGGGGAAGCUGACACGGGAGCAGUUCUCUCUGGCCAUGCACCUCAUCCAGCAGAAAGUGAGCAAAGGCGUGGACCCUCCGCAGACCCUCACACCUGACAUGAUCCCGCCAUCUGAGAGGGGCACACCUGUCACCAACCUUUCAGGCUAUAUGACUCCAGUAGGAUCUGAAAUGGCUGCACUAACAGACAUGCGCCGUAAGUUGGUGUCGGGACUAAGGGGCUUAGAUAUUCAUAUCUUCUCCAUGAAUAGGGACAAGUACACGCUGGAGCAGGACAUCAGGGAGAAGGAGGAAGCUAUCAGGCUGAAGUCCGCCGAGGUCCAGGAGAUGCAGAAGGACCUGGAUCGGGAGACGUGUAACUUGCAGGAGCUGGAGGCCCAGAAACAGGAUGCCCAGGACCGGCUGGAGGAGAUGGACCAGCAGCGGGCCAAGCUGGAGGACAUGCUCAGCGACGUGCGGCAGAAGUGCCAGGAAGAGUCUCAGAUGAUCUCUUCCCUACAGGCGCAGAUCCACUCGCAGGAGUCCAGCCUGCAGAGCCAGGAGGAGGAGCUGAGCCGGGCUAAAGCGGACCUGAACCAGCUCCAGCAAGAGGAGGCCCAGUUAGAACAAAGCAUUCAGGCCGGCAAGGUGCAGCUGGAGACCAUCAUCAAGUCCCUCAAGUCCACACAGGAAGAGAUCAACCAGGCUCGCAGCAAGCUGUCGCAGAUCCAGGACAGCCAGCAGGAGGUGACCAAGAGCAUCGAGCAGUACAACAACGCGCUGAAUGGUGCCCACGGUGGCAGCAUGACCAACCUGGCGGACAUGAGCGAGGGCUUCUCCGAGAAGGAGAACGGCGGCGUGGGGGUUGCGGAGGAGCCCUUCAAGGCCAAGACGUCGGCGUUCAGCAGCAACCUGCCGGAGCUGCACACGGACCCCUUCCACUCCGAGGACCCCUUCAAGUCCGAUCCUUUCAGAGGGGAUCCUUUCCAAACUGAUCCUUUUGCCAAGCAGCCACCCACCAGCACAGAUCCCUUCGGAGGAGACCCUUUCAAAGAAAGCGACCCUUUCAAGUCCUCCUCUGAAGACUUCUUCAAAAAGACUGUCAAGGCCGACCCCUUCACCUCCUCCGACCCUUUCAGUAAAAGUUCCACACUCCCCACUAAGUCCAGCCACUUUCCCGGAAGUGACCCUUUCACCUCUACAAGUCCGAAACCGAAGGGGCCAGAUGUCUUUGGGACGCUUGACCCGUUCGGAAGCAGCUCCUUCGGCGGCAGCGGGGGCGGAUUUGCCGACUUCAGUCAGAUGUCCAAGGGCUUCUCAGAGGACCCCUUCAGCAGGAAGACGGACACCCCGGCGUUACCGCCCAAGAAGACUGUGCCACCACGCCCCAAGCCUCCCAGCGGUAAAACCACUCCAGUAAACCUGCCCAGCACAGGAGAUUCGUCCAAGUCGCGCGACCCCUUCCAGCCAUUUGGUGGCGAUGCCAGUGACCCCUUUCAAAGUAAAAAGGGCUAUGGAGACCCCUUUAGCGGGAAAGACCCUUUCGCACCUUCCUCCACAAGUAAAGCUUCUAAAGACUCUUCCUUGGGUUUUGCAGACUUCAGCUCUUUUGGAAAUGAGGCCCAGCAGCUGGAGUGGGCAAAGCGGGAGAGUGAGCGGGCAGAACGGGAUCGGCUGAAGAGGCUGAGACAGCAGGAGCAGGAGGAUCUGGAGCUGGCCAUCGCGCUGAGCAAGGCUGAGAUGUCCAACGCGUGACCCACAGCUGGGCAGCCAUCACCAUCUUUGGGGGGGGUGGGGGGGGGGGGGGGGGCUCUGAUCUGUGAAUGAAUGUGGUAUGCGCUGUAUAAACUGUACAAUAGUAGUCAAGUGAUGUUUUUAAUUUAAGAGACUUUUGUUUUCUGUGUGGUGGUUUUAACACCGGGCCCAUGAGAAGGAGGGAAUGUGUCAGAGCGCAGGGAGAGUGCUGUGCAUUCCUAUUGGAACCGGGGAGGGGGGGAGGGUUCCUA